CCGGGAAGCGGCGUGUUUGCAUGCUGCCUGGCUGGUAAGAAGAUGGGGCGAUCAGGAGGGGUCUCCGCGGGGUCGAUCCUUGACCCGGUGCGCAGUUUCGAGCGCUGGAAGAAGAAAUACGCCCAGCGCAAGCAGAAGCUGCGGCUGCAGCGCAGGCAGAAGAAGCGGCCCGAGUGGGAGGUGGAGAGAGAGGCGAUCGCACGCCUGGAGCAGCGCUACGCGGAGAUAAAUGCAAAUGAAAUUGUAAGAUUUUCGGAUUUCCCUCUGUCAAAGAAGACACUGAAAGGUUUGCAGGAAGCUCAAUAUCGCAUGGUGACUGAAAUCCAGAGGCAGACUAUAGGCUUGGCGUUACGGAGUAAAGACGUACUUGGAGCUGCCAAGACAGGAUCAGGCAAAACCUUGGCUUUCAUUGUUCCAGCUUUGGAAAUCUUGUAUCGUCAGCAGUGGACUGCCAUGGAUGGGUUGGGGGUUCUGAUAAUAUCGCCAACCAGAGAGCUGGCCUAUCAGACGUUUGAGGUGCUGCGGAAGGUGGGGAAGAAUCAUGACCUUUCAGCAGGGCUUAUCAUCGGUGGAAAGGACUUGAAACAAGAAUCGGAGAGAAUCCACAAUAUAAAUAUACUGAUUUGUACGCCUGGUCGGCUUUUACAGCACAUGGAUGAAACAUCAUAUUUUCAUGCCUCUAAUCUGCAAAUGUUGAUACUUGAUGAAGCUGACAGAAUUUUGGACAUGGGCUUUGCUGAUACGAUGAAUGCAAUUAUAGAAAAUCUUCCCAAGAAACGCCAGACGCUACUUUUCUCAGCAACACAAACCAAAUCUGUGAAGGACUUGGCACGGCUCAGCUUGAAGGAUCCAGAAUACGUCUGGGUGCACGAAAAGGCAAAGUUCAGCACCCCGGCAACUUUGGAACAGAACUAUGUCGUCUGUGAGCUGCAUCAGAAAAUCAACAUGUUGUACUCCUUUUUAAGAAGCCAUUUGAAUAAGAAGAGUAUUGUAUUUUUUGCAAGUUGCAAAGAGGUUCAAUACCUGUUCAGAAUAUUCUGCCGUCUUCGCCCUGGCCUUCCAAUACUGGCCCUGCACGGGAAACAGCAGCAGAUGAAAAGAAUGGAAGUCUAUAAUGAUUUUGUUCACAAGAAAUCAGCAGUUCUCUUUGCUACAGAUAUUGCUGCUCGGGGGCUGGAUUUCCCUGCAGUGAAUUGGGUCAUUCAGUUUGACUGUCCAGAGGAUGCAAAUACUUACAUUCACAGAGUAGGAAGGACAGCCAGGUACAAAGAAGGUGGGGAAGCUUUGCUCAUACUUCUUCCCUCAGAGGAAAAAGGCAUGGCUCAGCAGCUGGUACAGAAGAAGGUUCCAAUCAACAACAUCAAAAUCAACCCCGAGAAGCUUGUAGACGUCCAAAAGAAGAUGCAGUCCUCUUUAGCUCAAGAUCAGGGGUUGAAAGAGAAAGCACAAAGGUGUUUUGUUUCCUAUCUACGAUCCGUCUACCUAAUGAAGAACAAAGAAGUAUUUGAUGUAUUCAAGCUACCUGUGACUGAAUAUGCCCUCUCCCUCGGACUUGCGGUGGCCCCUCGUGUGAGGUUUCUUCAGAAAGCUCAGAAGAAAAAGCUUGAAAGUGAGAAAGAAGGCCUGUUAGAGGGGACAGGUCACUCCAAAGAAGCGCCUUCUUUAAGCAGUGAAGAGGUAGAGAAAUGCAGAGCACUCUUCAGUGAAACAGUAACAUUAGCAGGUGAGGAAACCAAAGAGCUCUCUGGCGGAGAUAGUGAAAUGGAGGAUGACGCAUUCCAGGGACAGUCCGAGUCAGAAGAGGAGCCACUAACUUGCAAGGGCUUGAAAGCUGAAUCUGUGCAGUUCUUUGAAGAUGAUGAUGGCGAUGAUGAUGCAAAGGAGCUCGAUGUGCUGACUGUAAAACGACGGAAUGUCUUUGGCUUGAAACCCAGGGGCAGUGUAACCUUGAGCUCAUCAGAUUCAAAAUUAAAGAAGAAAAUAACUAAGACCAAGGAAGCUAAAAAAGUAUUGAAAAGAAAAUUUAAAGUAAACACAAAAAUCAUGUUUACUGAAGAUGGGGAGUUAAUUCAGCAGUGGCCACCGGCACAAAAAUCUAUUCAAAAUAAAGCAGAAGAUGAUAAUGAUUCUGGAGGAAUUGAUCUAGAAAGAGCAAAAGAGAGACUGCAGGAAGAGGACAAAUUUGACAAAGAAGAAUAUAGGAAGAAAAUUAAAGAAAAACACCGGGAGAAAAGAUUGAAAGAAAAGGCAGCUAGAAGGGAAGCCAGGAAGAGAAAUGCAAAGGAUGAAGAGGAACAAGUAGCCUUUUUGGACCACAGUGACAGUGGUGAUGAAUUUGAUCCAAGCACCCUUCCAGACCCUGAUCAGUACAGAGAGACAGACCAAGAGGAUGACCCCGAAAGCUUUGGUGGACAUAGAACGGAUAAACAACAUUUUGGUGGAAGCAGAACAGCAGUGGCCACGGCGCCAAAAAGAAAGAAGAUGAAACUUAGCCAAGAGGAUUCAUUUGCAUCAUUAGAUACAGGCCUUUCCCUUGCGGAAGACGAAGCGCUUGUAUUGCAGCUGCUCAGCAGUCGCAGCUAAUUAUUUCUCUCCCACUCAAAGCCAUCUUUAUCCCUCGGCCGCAAAUGCAAUUGAUCAACCUGAAUACCUCUGAAUAUUGAUGGAUAAAUUCCAUGCUCUAUGAACUUGAUAGAGAUCCUGGUAUUUCUUAUCGAUGACUUAUGGUCAGGUUGGUUGGUUAAUUUUAUAGGCUUUGAAGAUCUAUAGACUUUCUUGUCUGAUGCGAUCUUUUCCAAAUAGCGCCUCACCACUGAUGGAACUCCAGAGUUGGGGGGGGGGGGAGUUUUGAUGUGUAAUAUUGGUUUGUAUACAAAGACCUUGGUGUACCCCAAGAUCAUGAUUUUUUCCUGUCUCAACUAGCUUUGUUAUGCAGUAAAGAACUUGAAAACAGAUUUAUUAAUGAAUAAAUAUUGGUAAAUAUUAGUUAUGGUGAAUAAUGCACAUUUCAUAAAUUUUGCUGCAAUAUGUUGG